UAUAAACUGUUAUCAAUUUCAGAUAUUUCUUGAAUGCAAUUUUAGAUCGUGUGUCAUAGUUUUUCCAAAAUGAAAUUAUGUUCAAUGAUAUUAUUGUCCUUUUUAUUGCACUCGUGUCAAUUAAGUGCAGGCUCUUCUGUGCUCUCUGUUCUUGCAGAUUUUCUUUCCUCCAGUUAUGAAAUGUUGAGAUGUCCUUUAACUGAUUGCUGCAAUGAUCACUGGAUACCCAACAACAUCACAAAACUACAAUUAAUGAUAACAAAUGAAGUCUUUGGCCAGCAUAUUGCUACAGAGAUUGUAGCAAGACAGAUCAGUGCUCACUUGGAAAACCCCAAUCCUUCAAAGCCUCUAGUGAUGAGCUUCCAUGGAUGGACAGGGAAUGGCAAGAAUCACAUUGCUUAUUUGAUAGCAAAUAGCCGUUACAAGAAGGGAACUAAGAGCCAGUUCUAUCACCAUUUCAUGGCCACAGUACACUUUCCUCAUCAGGUAAUACUGCCGAUGAUAUUUGAAAACAAAAUCAUUACCAUUUAUUAUUUACAGGAACAUGCACAAUUAUAUCAGGAUCAAAUCAGAUCAUGGGUGAAGGGAAAUGUUAGUCAUUGCCCUCAUUCGCUUUUCGUUUUUGAUGAAGUUGACAAGAUGCCUUCAGGAGUGCUGGAUGGCAUCAGAGCUUAUUUGGAUUAUAUUGAUAUUGUAGAUGGUGUUGACUACAGGAAAUCCAUUUUCAUUUUCCUGAGCAAUACUGGAGGUAAAGAAAUCACCAAAAGAGUCCACGACGUCUGGUUGACUGGAAAUGUGAAACGGGAAGAAUUGACAGUCAAAGACUUUGAGAGACUCGUAGAGAUGGGAGCUUUCAAUGAACAAGGCGGAUUUCAUCAAAGCCACCUGAUUCAAAAGAGUCUGAUUGACGUCUAUGUUCCAUUCUUACCCAUGGAAAAAUCACACGUCCGCCUCUGCGCGGAAAACGAGUUUAAAAAACAAAAUUAUGUUCCUAAAAAUAAAGAAGCAGCUUUACAGAAAAUUGUGGACGGACUUCAUUACUACCCCGAAGGUAAAGAAAUCUACUCGACGACGGGCUGUAAAAGAGUGGCCCAAAAAGUGAGUCUGUAUAUAGCCGACGAACGAUACACUAAACGUUCAAGUAAAAAGUAUCGCACGGAACUUUAACCUUAUUGUAUUAAUGACCCACUGAAACCAACAUUUCAGAUUAUUGUGACUGAUGUGGUGUUUCAUUCAACGAAAUUGAAACUGUGAUAAAUUAUACAUUGCAGUAGAUUUUGGCCAUCGCUUUUGUAGAUGGUCUGAGUCGUUAAGUUUUUUUAAAUAUGCAAAAUGAAGUAAACUUGUCUUGUAUCCGAGUCA